AGUUUCUCCACGCCCAGUUUAGAGACGUUUACUUCAAAUUUCCGCUUUUCUGACCCGAAGUUGUUGGGGUUGGAAGGUGGCCCAGGUUUUGCACCUUUUGAGGCGGAAUUUAGUUGUAUCUGACAGGUUCAUGGCGCGACUGUUUCUGAGGGGAAGUCUGCAGAGGUGCAUCGCCACCCAGAUCAGGAUGUCAUCUGACCAGCUUGGUGAGCUGGGCAAAGGUGCAGGGAAAGGUGGAGGAGGUGGAGGAUCUGUGAGGUCGGCAGGAGGCGCGUUCGGAAAGCGGGAAGCGGCAGAAGAGGAGCGGUACUUCAGGGAGAGGGAGAAGGAGCAGAUGGAGGCUCUGAGGAAGCACCACGGAGAGGAGAUUGAACAUCAUAAAAAGGAGAUUGAGCGACUACAAAGAGAGAUCGACCGCCAUAAGGGCAAAAUCAGAAAGCUGUCGCAUGACGACUGAGGCAGAGAAUCCUACUCUGACUUAUUACCCGAGUGCCACCACUCGUUGAAUUUCACUUGUUUCCUCUCCUGGUCAAGGCAGACCUUGUGAUCAUUAGUUGUUAUACUGACCUCAUUCUAAGGGCUGAAACAAUAAAGUGAUUCAUCUUCCUGAA